AGGAGCAGAGGUGUUAUUCAGCGUGGCACAGGCGCACGCGAGGCGUGAGACCGGGGCGGGGGCGGCGUUCCCCGCGAGGGACCUCAUGACGAAGAUGGUGCGGUCGCGGCGCGCGCUCGGACUCUUCCAGCAUCACGACGCCAUCACCGGCACGGGCAAGGACUUCGUCAUGGCCGACUACGGCAUGAGGAUGUUCCACGCCAUCGCGGACGUGAAAGCCGUGACGAAUCGCUGCGCUCACUACCUGCUGACGGGACACAACGCGUCGUCACGCUACGACCCGACAGCGACCGCGUUCUUCGACCUGGUAGGUAGCAUCCAUGCGCGCGCGUGGCGCGGGGGAACAUGCUUGCUGUAUGGCAUUGCACAGGCGCUUUGCUCACGGGUUUCAUCAGACACGAGUCUGUUUCGGUCAAGUGCGCUGGAGUAA